AUGACACAUGAGACAUUACACCCCAAUACCACAAAUCAACCAAAUAUGCCACCCGCGUCGCUCCGCCGGACCUCGACUAACAAGCGUACAACACCCCACAGCCCGAAAAAGAUGAUGAUUGGUGGCGAGAAGACCCAAAUUGAAAUCAGGUUGGAAAGAGAUGGAAACAUCAACGCCCUCCAGCGAUAUCGAUACCUGACGUGGCGCAAGAAUGCCAUACAUCCCGAAGUUUCGUACGAACUUCUCGACACAGAGGAAAGUCUCCGAGAAGUUGUUCAAGAAGAGCUAUCCAUCAAAGAAGAAAACGCUUCGGGACUCAAUACGCAAGAGAGACUCCGUGUCUUGCAUACAAAAUACUGGCUCCUAUCUCAGAGGUGGUGGUACUGUCGUUCCGAUCUGGAGGAUCUUCAACUGAGGGGCUUUACCCUUUGGCGAUCACACCCUCAGUGGUAUAUGCAUCGUUCCCUCGUCGAGGAAUGCGCGGGUCGACAAGGAUGCUGCGCGCGUGGGUGUGGCUGCUGUCUAAAUCGCAAAGUGCUUCCGUCGCGGAGUCUUGGUGUUGGGCAUUGCACGCUUGAAUGUGCGUGUUGUCGGAGAGCGAGAGGGUUCGAGGUUUCUCCCGCCAACAAGAAGUUAUUGAAGGAACAGUUCAAGAAUACUGUCCAGGAGCGGGGAUACCGUAUCACCAGAUACCGACUGGUUUCGAUUUGGGGCCUUGUUGGUGAUAGCCGAGAGAACUCAUUCGACAUGAUCGAUGCGCCGCCGAGCUAUGAUCAGAUCGAGAAGACAGGUAUGACGGGACUGCUUGGUUGGAUGCAAACUAAGAUUUGA